CCCGAGCCCAAUGCGGCCAAUGAUAUUUGACACUGUUUAUACUUCGACGACCACGUGGCGGCUAUCAAACUAUACCAGUUAGUCCUUUUUGUUUUCCGCUUUUCUCGACGAUAAUGACAUCUGAAAGAAAGGGCACCAAUGGAGCACCGUCUUCACUGCCUCCCGAGGCCAUUGAGUUUGCCGGACGCAUGUUCAAUGCCGCUCGCUCUGGCCAGAAAGACAUCUUCGAGCAGGCCCUACCAGCUGGGUUACCGGCUAACCUGACCAACGACAAGGGCGAUUCUCUUCUCAUGCUCGCAGCCUAUCAUGGUCAUGUAGAUCUAGUCAAGCUGCUGAUACAGCACGGAGCCGACCCGAAUCGGGCCAAUGACAGGGGCCAGAGUCCGCUAGCGGGCGCGGUGUUCAAGAAGGAGGAUGAUGUGAUACACGUGUUACUUGAGGGUGGUGCUGAUCCAGAUCAUGGAACCCCGUCUGCAACGCAGUGCAUAGCAAUGUUCAAGCAAGAGGAUGAGUGGAAAGACGAGUUCGAGGCAGCCCCUGGCAAGGGCAAAGCCAUAAAUGUGUCCUUAUGACGCUGGGGCCUCCGACAAAGACCCCCGGUACGAAGUCCAGCGUAUGUGCUUAGGAGGACUUGUCAAUCUGCAUGAUCUUGAGGGCAUUUUCUUAUUGCCAACUUGUCCAUUCUGGUUCUAUAUAUUAAUCCACCCAAUCGAAUCGAUCAGCCGCGCCUAUCUUUGCCC